AUGUUGGACAUGUUAUUACAGGGCCAGUACGAUGAUGUAAGGUGUAAGUGUGUUUGCCCCAAGGAAAAUAACAAAACAACCAGGAUACCUAAUGUUUUUGUUCAAACUGUUGAAGCCAAGGACUGGUAAGUUAUUAAGUUGACUUGCACACCAACUUCUUUUUGUAUGGAUUGUAUGAUGUUGUGGUCCAAUAGACCUCCUAGCCUAGGAUAGGUUCUUUUUUUAAUGUAGGUCAUUUGAUGUUCUCAAAGGAAAUUUUUCCUUUGUCUUUUCGUAAAUGAUGUGUACAUAAUUUUUAUUGUGCAUGUUUCAUAAGACAAAAUUUGAAAAAGUAAAUUCACAUGACCUACACUGAAAUAAAGAAAAAAAGGCAUACAAGCUGAAGAGUCUAUUUUUUCUCUUUGGUUCAAAUUUUAUUAUUUUUUUCCUUUUGGGUGUGGAUAAAAUAAUUGCACAUGAGUUUGAAACAAUGGAAAGUGAAUCACCCACUCUAAGGCCCUGUUUAUUGAAAAAAGCUGUGACAGUCCCCGGUACAGAAGCCACCCUCCCAGCCGAGUGAACUUUAGUGAGCGUUUAUAUGAGAAAAAAGUUGACCCCUUUGCCUGAAGCAACAGUGCUCGCACAUAUCUCUUUGUCUGAAACAGUGCCUGUGCAUGCUCUGGUUACUUUACGUUGAAUGAGCUGACCGGGCUGCACAAGCCAAGUUCUAUAUUGAGAAAAGUUAGCCUGGCCAGGAGGGGUUACCUUUCCAACACAGAAGCCAAUUUUUUUCUCAUGUUAAUAGUUCACCAUGUUUUGCAUGGCUGAGGUUAGGAAAUGUAUGAAAAGUUGGCUUGCCCAGGGUAGUGACCUUUCUUCUUGUUUGUUUGUUUGUGUUUGGAUCAUAACUAUUGCGACAAGUACAUGUAGGUACCUAAUCACUUUUGUGAUGAAAUGUUAACUCAUAUUCUGUUCUUCUAAUAGCAACUGUGAACAUAUUGUGCAGAGAGAGGAACAAUUUUGCUUAAGAUGUCAGUGCAUGUAUGAAGCCAGGAACACAACUCUCAUCAAGGUCUGUAUGUCUUUGAAUGAAUAUCAGAAUGAGUCAAUGCACGUGGAUUGGUUCUUAGUUUUGUUCCUACCAAAGGUGACAUAUUGAAGGUGUGUUUGGUGUUUGAGUGUUUGAUUGAUUAGAUUUCAGUGUAAGAAGUAAAUAAUAAAUAAAUGAAUAAAUAAAUUACACUUAAAUUGUUUACAUAGCGCCAUUUCCAGUGAUUCCCAAUGGUGCUUUACAAGAAGUGUUUAAAAUAUUACAAAAUUAAUAUUGUUCAUAAAUUACAUUAAAUUGAAAAAAAUUAAAAAAAGCAAAACUAAUUGACCAAAAAAAAAAAAAAAAAAACGAUGUCACUUAAAACGACUAAAAUAUAAAAGGACUAAUUUCAUAAAAACGCUUUCCUAAAAAGAUAGAAGGCACUGGUAGGUUGUUAUGGUUCUCCUCCAUCUAGUUUUUUGUGUCAUCUAAAGGCUCUCUCUCUGGCUCAGAGGGAGGUGGAAGGCUUAAGUCGUUGGGGUACUUCCCUAUCACUCAAUGUUGGUGUACAACAUUUGGCAAGUUAACUGCGAUAAACAAUAUUGGGAGGUAGAGGAGACAGGUGAGAAGGAAAAAAUAUAGGGGUUUGGUGGAAGUGUCCCAACUGCUUUUGUCUGGGACUGUAGACUGCUCUUGGACCUGUCUGUGUUGUAGUGUUUAGGCUUUUUGUUGAGCAUCUCAUGGGCAUAAGCUUUUUUUUCUUGAGAGUUUGUGUUCUUUCUGUAUGAUGUCCCACCUUUUCUUCCCUAUGUCUUUCCACUGUUUUAUCAGGGUGAUGGGUGCCUGCUCUCUCUCCUUCAUGCAUGGGGGUGCAUAGAGGGCCGUGUAGACUGUUCACAGUCCCCUGUUUGACACUCAUCGCCAGGCUAGACUCAUAACAUUUGAAACCAAGAUUGCAGCCUGCAACGCAAAGUGCUCUAUCUUGACAAUCUUGCGAAAAAUACGGGACUGUGAACAGUCUAAGGGCUGUGAGGAAAAUCUCCUGGAUCUCGAGGGCACCCAAACAUCCAUCACGGGAGGCAUAUGUUAACAGGAACAAAAGAAUGGUUAAAGAUACUGUAUGUAAAAUACUUUUUAGCUUAGUACUCCUGUCCUUGUUAUUUAUCAGUUUCUCAUUGUAUGAAAUAUCUUGUACAUACACAGGUGGUGAUUAUCUUUAUCCUUGUUGCGCUUGGAAUUUUGUGUAUCUACCUCUUAUAUCUGUUUAUUGACUCUAAACGGAGGCCAGUGGAAUUAAGUGUGACAGCAGAUGAGGUGACUCGCAUUUUAAUAUUAUUAUUAUGUACAUUUUGCAUUUAUAGUGCAAUUUAAUGCACUUUUUAAAUGCAGACAAUGUAAUAAAGAACACCUUUGAAACAUAAAUUUGUUCUUGAGCUUUUAGUAGCGUUAAAUCAGUAGAGGACGCUUAUUGGUUAUGCAGUAUAUACCUACAUGUCUGAUGAUGAUGUAGCAAGUGUGACAAUGAGGAUUGUAUAUUUUUGGAUUGAGAGUGAGUUAGAGUCAUCUUUGAGUCAGUGUGACUUUCAUUGUUCAAUUACAGUAGCAGAAAAUUGUUUGGAAUUUUGUCCAAAGACCUCAUUUACCAUACUCGCCAUCUUUGCAUGCACUUAAUAAGAUUGGCAAAUUUUUUAACCCCCCCAGGUGUGCGAUGUUAUGAAGAUGAGGUGAUUUUUUUUGUUUUAUGAGGGGGUUGAGUAUUCUUUUUAUGGUUGGGUUUUUUUUAUUUUUAUAAACAAACUAGAAAAAUUUGUUUUGUUUUUUUUCAAAACCCCCUUUUCCCCACUCCCCCCCUCUUGCUCCCCCCUAAAAAAAUUGGCAAAUUUUUUUCCCCCCCCCCCCCCCCCUCCUUCGAGAAACCACGUGACACUGCUUUUAUCCCAUCAGUCCUUAAGUGCAUGAAAAGAUGGUGGGUGUUGUGAAUAAGGUCUCUUUUUAAUAUUUUUUGAUAUUUUGCACUAGGUACAAGAAAGACUACGAGCAACCCGGCUUAGAGGGGGGAGCAUACGAAAGUUUGAUGAAAAGAUGGCAAAAUGGAAGAAAACUGUAGCAGAGCAAAGGAGAAAUAUAUAUGAUACAAGAACUAUGCUGAGUUAGAUAAACCGCCACGCAGGACACACCUACCCCAAGCUCCAAAUAUCAGGUCGCUUUUUACCAGCUUUCCUCCAUUCCUAGGGGCAUAGCUAGGGGGAACCUUGGUGCCUGGCCAUCCCCCCCAUGCUGUGAGAUAAUGGUUUUACGUCCCUUUAAUUCAGUUGGUGAAAACACAGGAAUCGGUAGAAUCAACAUGCAAUAAAUCCUUUCCUGGGCUAGAUAGUUACAUACUCCAUUUGCAGGACCGAACAUCUGCAGUGGAUCAUGUUUUUUUGUAGGCUUGUCCCUCCCCCACCCUCCAAACGCUUGGUGCUCACCCACCACUUUUAGUAAAACACAGCAUAGAUGUCGACAAGCCAAUCUGGUAAGUACCCUGGGUGUGACACUGUGUGAUGCCCCCCCCCCCUUCCCCUUCUGAAAAUCCUAGCUAUGCCCCUGUUUCCCUCUGCACUGACGUCAUAACUAGUUAAGCGUCACAACACCUCUCUCCUCCGCAGCUGGAGGCCUCUUUGUGUCGUAGGGAGGCUGGGGAGAGGGAAAAGAGAAAGUGUGCGGGGGACCAUGGGAAGGGCAAGCGAGGCUCGCGCCUCUUCCCAUCUCCCAUUGUCCCAUGCGCAACUUCUAUUUUUCGGUUAUUGCUAUAUUUAUUGGGAUACCCAGCAGAAGUUCUUGCUGAAGAGAGAGUCACAACACGGUUCUGUUCAUCGCUAAUUAUGAGGCUCCACUAGAAAUUGAAAAUUGGGGAGAAAAUUUAACGUAGAAUUAAUUUGUGUCUGUAUCAACCUCGUCCCCAGUGCUUUUCCCUAAAAAAAAUGGAAGGGGCGCCCGCCCCUCUCAUUUUUUUCAGGGAAAAGCCCUGGGGACAAGGUUGGUAUCUGUAUAACUGUUGUGUAUGGUGUUUCAGGGCGAUCUCAGCCAGGGUUCUUUGUUUUCAUUGUUUUCUCGGUUAAUAGAAUACAAAGUGAAAAGACAAAAAAAUCCAAGAUUUUGUCUCGUAUGUAGCAACUUACAAAUGUAUUGUACAGUAAAGAACAUGAACAACAAAUGAGUGUAUAUAAUUGCAAAAUUUGCAAUAGUGACUUUCCAAGGACAAAAAAAUUUAAGCUGUAAACGUACUUCGUAUUUGUUAUAAAAACGACUCAAUUGUCGUUAGAUAUUAAUGCAGGACAAAUUUAGGCUUUGAGGCAUAUUACGCCUAAAUUUUUUGUUUAAUCAAAUGCAGAUUGCUGCAAAUGUAGCCAUCAACAAUUUAGUAGAGACCUUAAUUAAGAUACACCUCCUCUUACCCCGAUAAAUGGCUAGGCUACUGUAGCUGGUACUGGUCAGACUGAUGAUGCCGUGGGUGCAUUUCCACAUCUAGCCAGUUACGAUCGCCUUUUUAGUUAUAUAUAAUUACAUGGCAAACGUGUUGGCGAGUUCCCAUACCAGAAGGGAGAAACGGUAGAUCCGAGUCAAGUAACCCCAUUUAAUUUCGUAGUAUUUUUUGAGAAAGCAAUUCUGU